GCCUGGAGUCAGAAGCUCCACUGAGAGGAAGGCUGCAAGAGCCACAGCCUGUACAAGGACUUUGAAGCCUCUGUCACUUGAGUGGUGGCUCUUCCUUGGCUCAGUGGGAUGUUCCAGUACUUGUUUUUCUGUAUUUACCUUGUCAUUCAGCUCCAGCCGGUGUCUUCGAUGGCCCUGGACCCCUGCUCUGCCUACAUCAGCCUGAACGAGCCCUGGAGGAACACGGAGCACCGCAUCAACGGCUCGCACGGGCAGCCCACGUGCGACAGCGGCAUCGACGGCGAGUGGUACCGCUUCACGGGCAUGGCCGGCGACGCCAUGCCCACCUUCUGCAUCCCCGAGAACCACUGCGGCACCCACGCUCCCGUCUGGAUGAACGGCAGCCACCCGCGCCAGGCCGACGGCAUCGUGCGGCGCCAGGCCUGCGCCAGCUUCAGCGGCAACUGCUGCCUCUGGAACACCACCAUCGAGGUCAAGGCCUGCCCAGGAGGGUACUACGUGUACCACCUCACCAAGCCCACCGUCUGCUUCCACGCCUACUGUGGGCAUUUUUAUGACAUCUGUGAUGUGGUGGAUUGCCAGGACUCCUGCCUGGACACUGGUGACUGCACGUGUGCCCCGGGUACGACACUCGGACCUGAUGGCCAGACAUGCCUUGAUGAAAAUGAGUGUGAGCAGAACAACGGGGGCUGCAGCGAGUUCUGUGUUAACCUGAAGAAUUCCUUCCGCUGCGAGUGCGGAGUCGGGCGCACGCUGGGCAGCGAUGGGAAAACCUGUGAAGAAAUUGAAGGCUGUCACAAUAACAACGGAGGCUGCAGCCAUACCUGCAUUGAAGUGGAAGGCACCUACCAGUGUGAAUGUCCCAGGGGACUUGUUCUGUCAGAAGACAACCACACUUGCCAGGUUCCAGUGCUGUGUAAGUCCAGCUCUAUUGAGGUGAACAUCCCAAAGGACCUGGUUGGAGGCCUGGACCUUUCCCUCAUCAACACUUCGUGUAAAGGCGUGUCCAAUGGCACUCACGUCAACAUCCAUUUCUCCCUGAAGUCCUGUGGUACCGUUGUAGAUGUAAUCAAUGAUAAAAUCAUUGCCACCAACCUGGUGACUGGCUUGCCCAAGCAGACCCCGGGGAGCAAUGGGGACAUCAUUGUGCGCACCAGCAAGCUGCUGAUCCCGGUGACCUGCGAGUUCCCGCGCCGCUACACCAUCUCUGAGGGCUACGUGCCCAACCUCAAGAACUCUCCCUUGGAAAUCAUGAGCCGCAACCAGGGUAUCUUCCCCUUCACUCUGGAGAUCUUCAAGGACAAAGACUUUGGUGAGCCCUACAGGGGUGAUCUUCCCACCCUCAAGCUUCGGGACUCCCUGUACUUUGGGAUUGAGCCCUUGGUGCACGUCAGUGGACUGGAGACGCUGGUGGAGAGCUGCUUUGCCACUCCCACCUCCAAAAUUGAUGAGAUCCUGAAGUACUACCUGAUUCAAGAUGGCUGUGUUUCUGAUGAUUCUGUGAAGCAGUACACGUCAAAGGACCAUCUUGCCAAGCACUUCCAGGUUCCUGUGUUCAAGUUUGUGGGCAAAGACAACAAGGAGGUGUUCCUGCACUGCCGCAUCCUUGUGUGCGGGGCGCUGGACGAGACCUCGCGCUGCGCCCAGGGCUGCCGGAGACGCGCGCGCAGGUCAGCCGAGCGACGCGAGGAGCAGCAGGACGAGGAAUCUGUUCACGUGGCAAACCACGUCCUGACAGGAGGCCCCAUCAGGAUCGACUUUGAUGACUGACACCCACCCUCUGGAACAGCAUCCCUGGCCAUCCUUAUCACUGCCUUCUGUUGUGGUUGUUGAGAAACUAGAGGUUUUUGUUAAAGCCCCGCUUGAACCUCAGGACUCAUUUCCUUAACUCUGUGGUGAUUAUUUGUCAAGUGGUUUGGGCCCAUGAGGCAGCCCUUGGAGUGUGACCCGGACUGCAGAACAGUUUGGUUUUAUCUGCAUUUCUCCCCGACAAUCCUUUAGCUGAAGGGACCCUGUUUCUUUGCAGGCCGGAAGUGUUACCCAACUUUGCCUUUGCCUACAUCCACCUACAGGCCCUAGGACUGUUUGUCCUUGACUAAACAAAUGUUAUCCAAGCCCUUCUUGCAUCAGACAGUACAAAUAGUAUCAUAGCUGAGUGUGUUUGCUGUGCAGCUCUGUGAGUGAUGCUGAAGAUUUCAGGUGACUGUUAAUAAAAACAUGUAUAAAAUAUA